AUGGCCAAGGCCUGGCGAUGGGCUAUCGCAUCCUACUUUCAUUCCUUGUCCGAUGACGAGCGACCGAUAGAGACGAGCAUCUUACAUUGGCCGACCUACGAUCAAUUCCUCCCGUUCCCCAACGAUCGUCGGCCUCUCCAAGAUCAGCUUCACCACGCUUUCAGUUCCGACGUGACCAAGCUCGCUGUAGCCGUUGGCAGCGAGGUGGACGUGUACGACCUCGAAACUAAGAAGCGGACGACCCUCUGCGGGCAUACCGUGCAGAUCGAAUGCUUGGCGUUCAGACCGGGGAGGUCAGACACGUUUGUCUCGUCGGCGAUAGCCUGGAUGGACGAGACCGACUCCGAGCGAGCUGAGGUGUUCGUAUGGGAUCUCACUGAAGCUUUCCAUGGGGAAACGUUACAAACCGGGCAAACCAGGGCAGAGGGCCUGACUCGAGAUCUCGUCGAACGCAUUCGCACCGGGUUGGGCGAGGGCGAACCGCCCAUCUCGCUGAAGAUGGAGGAUCAGGAAGACCUGACCACGACGCUCAACCGGCUCUUGGGUCGCAUCUUGGUCAGUUCAGCUGCCCAGCGGAUCCAUGGAAGGCUUUGUUCGUCCAACCAGUCCUCCAUGUUCAAUCAUGCUGGUAACGUGCUCGUCAUUGAGCCCGGAAAGACCCCGGAGCCCAACGCGGACGAUCAGUGGGAUAUCAACUUGUACAAUCUCGAUACGCCCGAGACGGUCACCCUGACGGGCCACCGGGAUGUCGUCACUUGGAUAGGGUUCUCUGCCAACGACAAGCUGGUCAACGUCACGGGCGUCAUCAGCCCGGACAGCGAGCAGUUUUCCGGGAUCGACGGCGAUAGCGUGGUCAGCGCUUGGAGUCUCAAGACGGGGCACAUGAUCUGGUCGUACAAGGCUGAGCACAGUCCAGCAUGUACCCUCGAUUGGUCUGGUGAUGGACGAUACGUCCUGGCGGGGUGUUUGUCCCUCGGCCGGAUCCUGUUAUUCGAUACGAACCCGCCUAUCGUCGAUACUGUUUUUGAGCCCGUCCAGAAGCGAGUGCUGAGCCUGGAAAAGACCGAUCUUGAUCCUCAGGUCAAAGGUCUGGCAGCUGGGAUGUUGAAGGUCAGGUCGCUCAGGUUCAUACCUCGACCCGAAGGCGAGAUCAUGUUUGGAUCGGCGACCGACUUGGACGGUGCAGUCGAGGUCGUCUCUCUGGACCGCGGCAAGAGAUGGAGAAUCCUCCCUAUCAGCGACGGUCCCUCCACCGAUGCGCCUCAUAGCAACGAAAGAUCUGUGGACACGCCGGUGUGGUCCGUGUUACCUGCGUCGGCGCAGAUAGCUGUCGUUGGAUAUGGAGGCGCUUGGUUCUGGAACUUGAGGUGAUGCGGGCUUUGCUGCAGGCGUUAGACCGUGUAUCUUCCCAAUCCAAGUUCUGCUUGCAGGCGCUACGCCAUGUGUUCAAGA